AUGAAGGAGAAGUCGAAAAACGCCGCCCGCUCCCGACGGGAGAAGGAGAACAGUGAAUUUUAUGAACUGGCCAAACUGUUGCCGCUGCCCUCCGCCAUCACCUCCCAGCUGGACAAAGCCUCCAUCAUCCGGCUGACAACCAGCUACCUGAAAAUGAGAAUAGUGUUUCCGGAAGGCCUUGGGGAGUCUUGGGGUCAUGUGAGCCGCAGCAGUUCUCUGGAUGGAGUCAGCCAGGAACUAGGCUCCCAUCUCUUGCAGACGUUAGAUGGCUUCAUUUUUGUGGUUGCUCCAGAUGGGAAAAUAAUGUACAUAUCAGAAACAGCAUCCGUCCACUUGGGCCUGUCGCAGGUAGAGUUGACGGGAAACAGCAUCUACGAAUACAUUCAUCCAGCAGAUCAUGAUGAAAUGACAGCCGUCCUCACAGCACACCAGCCUUACCAUUCACACUUUGUUCACGAAUAUGAGAUGGAACGCUCCUUCUUCCUGAGAAUGAAAUGUGUCCUCGCUAAAAGGAAUGCUGGUCUUACCUGUGGGGGCUACAAGGUGAUCCACUGCAGUGGCUACCUGAAGAUCCGUCAGUACAGCCUGGACAUGUCUCCGUUUGACGGCUGCUAUCAGAACGUGGGGCUGGUGGCCGUCGGCCACUCGUUGCCGCCCAGUGCUGUCACUGAGAUCAAACUGCACAGCAACAUGUUCAUGUUCAGAGCCAGCCUGGACAUGAAGCUCAUCUUCCUCGACUCGCGGGUUGCAGAGCUGACAGGGUUUGAGCCCCAGGAUCUAAUAGAGAAGACUCUCUACCAUCAUGUCCACAGCUGUGACUCCUUCCACCUGCGCUGUGCUCAUCAUUUGUUGCUGGUGAAAGGUCAGGUCACAACUAAGUACUACCGUUUCUUGGCCAAACACGGUGGCUGGGUCUGGGUUCAGAGUUAUGCAACCAUUGUGCACAACAGCCGAUCAUCCCGACCCCACUGCAUCGUCAGUGUCAACUACGUCCUCACGGAGACAGAGUAUAAAGGCCUCCAGCUCUCUCUGGACCAGGCCACAUCCAAGGCCUCUUACCCCUACAGCAGCAGCACCGCCAGCAGCCUCACAGAGACCUGCAGAACUCCCAAGAGCAGAGUAUCCCGGCCCAAGACCAAAGCUCGACUCUCGCCAUACACACAGUAUUCUAGUUUCCAGACGGAGCGGUCAGAGUCUGACCAGGACAGUCCGUGGGGCAGCAGCCCCCUCACCGACUCAGCGUCCCCUCAGCUGCUGGAGCAUAGUGAAGGCCUUGAUGCCUCCUGUGUGUACAGGCAGUUCACUGAUCCUCGCACGCUCUGCCACAACCUGUCUGAAGAGCAGCAUCACUCCACCAGCGAUGGCUACACACACCUCCACGUACACGGUCAAGGUCAAAGUUGUGAGCGUGGUCGAUGCGAGGCGGGCCGAUAUUUUCUAGGAGCACCUCCGAAUGGCAGGGACGCGUGGUGGGGCACCACCCGGUCCAUCCUACCAUUGAGCAAGAACUCCUUGGAGAACCAUGAGGGAUAUGACAGCAGUAUGCCACACAUCACCGCCAUCCACAGCUACCACGGUCGGGGCCACUGGGAUGAGGACAGCGUGGUCAGCUCUCCAGACGGAGGCUCAGCCAGUGACUCAGGGGAUCGGUACCAAGCUGACCACUACCGCUGCAGCCCGCAGGAACCCAGCAAGAUCGAGACGCUGAUCCGAGCCACGCAGCAGAUGAUCAAGGAAGAAGAAAGCCGACUGCAGCUGCGCAAGGGUCAUCCGGAUGCUCCAGUGGGGCCAGCCAAUGGGCUGCCCAAGGGCCCUGGUCCCUGCUUCACUCCAGAGUAUACUCAAGGGCCCCUACCAAUACAGACCGUGUUGUGUCGAGGUUUAAGUCAGGUGAUCAGCCCUGCACCUAGUCCUGCCCCCCUAUCCAGGCUCAGCAGUCCAGGGUCUGAGCGCCUCCACAAGCCCAAAGACUACCUCCAGACAGACCUGUCCCCCCUUUCGUUGCCAUUGCACCACCCGUUUGGUCGGCCAGCCCCGUGCUCCACUUCCCCCACCCCCGCCCCGGCCCUCUACCCUUCCCACACCCACCCACGACCCUACUUGGACAAGCAUACAGCCUACUCGCUGACAGGCUACACUCUGGAGCACCUCUAUGACCCAGAGAGCUUCCGGGGCUACUGUACCCCUGCCAGCACGGGCCCCACCCACCUUGAUGUGACUCCUCACCUCCGCAUACCGGCAGAGCAGACCCCCGGACACAAAGGCACCUCUGUCAUUAUCACCAAUGGCAGCUGA